UUUUUAUUUAUCAUUAGGCCUUGUUUGUUUCCGGAAGUUGGAAACGAGAUCCAGAUGCCGGGAAAAGGGAAUCUUCCGUCGCCUUCAUCGCCACCGUUGGCAACGGCUGACUCACAAUUCUUCGGUCUGUUGACCGAUCUUCUUCAGGAGGUUGAGUCUCUAUCUAAUCAAGAGGAAGUGGAGUUACGUGCCAAGAUACAAUCCCUUGGUCUGGAAGUCACUAAAGUUCCUUCAAAAUCAGCACAUAAUCUUGAUGAGAUGGAGAUUGCUAAUGAGUUGGAUAAGUUAUCAUCAAAGCUAAAGGAUGUAGACGAUAUGGUUUCCUCAGCAAUGGCGACCGAUCCACAGGUCAUGUCUCUCUUAAGCAGCACUUCUGAUUUGUGGAUGCCCGUUGUUACUGCAAGUACGACUGAUCGAAAGAAUUUUACAGGGACGGUUAGCGGGGAGAAUCAUGAAGUGGUGAGGAAACAUUCCAAGUAGUUCUCUAGUGUUAUUAUUUUACUCAUCAUGUUACGUUUUGCCAUUCUUAAUGGAGCUUUGUAAUACUUCGCAUAACACUAGUGAUAUAUAGUUAUAGUAACUUUUGUAGUGGUUUUGUAAAAUAAGGAGCCCUAAUGCAUUAAAUCUUUAAUUAAAUAGAACUAUAUACUUGUACGAUUGAGCAAAAUAAAAGUAUUGAUGUUUAAGA